UUGACUCCUUCAUCCCACACGAACACAAAAGUCAACUCCUUAACCAUCAACCAAAACGACGGUUCUCUCUUCACCUGUUCCUCAGAUGGAACCGUCAAGAUUUGGCCCUCCCAUACUCUUACAAUGACACUCAAGUUCCAAACUUCCCCUGCUAACGCCCUCGUUUUAAGCACCUAACGCAACGCUCCCACGGGGUUAUUAACUUUUGGGCAAAGCAGAAGGUUUCUUUUAGAUAUAAUCAUGGGGGAUUCCUCCCAGGCCACUGGUUUGGGGUUUCUGUGUCUGGCGGUGGUGGAGAGCCUGCUGCUCAGUGGCUCUGAGGACACCACCAUCAGGAUUUGGAGGAGGGAGGAAGCAGGUUGGUCCCAUGAAUGCUUGGCAGUGUUGGAUAGCCAUAGAGGGCCUGUCAGAUGCUUGGCAGGGACCUUGGAAACCAUGGAAAACAGAGUAAUGAACAAGAUGGAGACCAGUGUUUUGGUUUAUAGUGGGAGUUUGGAUCAGACGUUUAAGGUUUGGGGAGUGAAGGUUUUUUUGAACCAUAAUAAUCAAGACAAAAAGGUAUUAAUGGAGUAUCAGGAGGAGGAGGGGGAGGAGGACUUGAAGAUGAAGAAGCUUUAUGAAACGAGCCCUGUCUUGUCUCCUUCUUGGGUUCAGAAAAAGCUUCAACCUAAUUAUUUCUGAUUUUCUCAUUCAAAACU